GCGAUUAGUUUAUGAGCGUAAAAUUAAAAAUAUCCGUUGUCGAUGUCUGCUAACUGCUUGUAGUCGCUGUUGACUUUUGAGCAUUGAGCACUUAAACUCAGAGUUAUUGAUUUGUAUUACAAUUUGUCGCCGUUUCAUUCAACGGUUUAGUUUUUCAACUUUAUAAAAAACAUUCUCACUAUGGCACCAAAGAAGUCCAAACGUAGCGCUUCCGAUGAUUCUUCCUCCGACUCUGGACCCGACGACAGAAAUCCCCCUCCAAAAAAAUCUAAACCUACUGAUAAAGGAAGUUCCAAGAAAACCAACUCAAAUGAGGAAGAGCAUUCUUUUGCACUGGAUAAAAAUCGCUUUGUUAAAGUUAGAGAAUUUCGUGGAAGGCUUUUCAUCGACAUCCGUGAAUUUUAUGAGAAAAAUGGAGAAAUACUUCCUGGAAAAAAGGGUAUAUCGUUGUCUGUUAACCAAUGGAACAGACUAAAAGAGCAAAUUGAUGAUAUUCAGGAAUCCGUCAACAAAUUGGGAUAAUUUAAGUUUCUUAUGUGACCGACUUGUUUUUAUAUUUAUUUAUUUAUAAUUAGUUUGUUUUGAUGUAUUAUUUCAUACUUAAGCAUUAAGUGUUAAAUUA